AUGGGUUCGGUGGCGCUGUGGCAGAGAAUGGUAAAGCCUGGCUGUGGAGGAAGGAAUGUUGUCGCUACUCGUGGGAAGAACUCUAUCAGCGUGUGCCCGGGCCUGCCUCAAAGUGUUAAGUUUUCGGCGAUAGCUGUCAGUGCUGGGCAUUUUGUGGGCCUGGACCAGGACGGUGGAGUAUGGUGUCUUGGCAGUAACUCCAGGGGACAGUGUGCGGUAGAUCCUGCUAUCCAGGGGGUACUGGGUGUCGCUACACGGGUCUUCUUUGGCAAGAAGGGCCUGUAUGUGCGGGAGCCACGUGGAGUGAGUGUAGCAGUCGGUGACAAUCAUACUAUGGUGUUGGACGACAAUGGCGAGGUCUGGUCCUGGGGUGAUGAUACUCUCUUGCAGCUCGGUCAUGGUGACACGAGGUAG